AUGGAAGAUAAAUGGUUGUGGAGUGCUAGUAGUGAUGGAUCUUUUACAGUCAAGGCUGCCAAAAGUAUCCUUCAAUCGGAUCAAGUUUCGGAUAACAGGUUUGUUUUACAUUGGUGUAAAUGGGUCCCCGCUAAAUGCAAUAUACACGCGUGGCGGUUGGAAAUGGAUAGAAUCCCGACAGGUGACGCCUUAAAAAAAGGAAUGUUCUUUUCGUCGAAGUUUAUUGUCGUCUAUGUAACUGUGCCGACAAAACCUCCGAGCAUGUCUUUAUCGGCUGUUAUGUUGCCGCUAACGUUUGGAAUGGGCUUCGGAGAAAAAGAAAGACGCGGUUCAGGGUAUUAUGAUAAUUGCUUGUUGGAGCUUAUGGAGAGCCAGGAAUAA